GGUUGUCUCAAAGCUCGGACUCGUGCAUGCCAUGUGGAAGACAGUGCCUCAACCAGUUUUUGAUGUUUACCGACGACCUGCCUUUGUUUGCGAGGGGCAACCUAUAUCUACUGUCCUCAGCCAGGGUCUCUUCCUCCGAGAUCAAGUGCCUCUCCACUUCCCUGUCAUUGUCAUCACCAAGUACCGAGACUGAUUUUAUCCUGGACCACCGCCAACAUGCCUCUCCCAUCAAAGUCAAGCGACUUGAUCCUCGUCCAUCAUAACCCGAUUAAGGACUCGGAUACUCAACUCACAGCCGACUCCCUCCGCCGGCUCAGCACCGUCUCGGCAGACUCAGACUAUGAACUCAUCCACUUUGGCGAAACCCAGGCAGAAGCAGAAGACGCCGUCUCCGACGAUGACAAUGCCUCCACAGCAUCAGACAACUCCCACAUCUCUCUGACUCCCGCCUUCUACCACCAUCAUAUCUCCCCUUACGGCCGCCGCUACCACGGUUUCCAGUCUUCCUGCGGCUACAUCCUUCCUAACGAUCCUCCCGAACAGGAUCGGGAAGACUUUCUCCACCUUGUGUCAUUGGGCCUCACCUACCGCCGCCACUUUCUGUCCCCCAUUGGCGACAACCUCAACAAGAUUCUGGAUCUCGGCUGCGGAACAGGCAAAUGGACAGUGGAAGUCGCCGACAAGUUCCCGUUUGCAAAGGUGGUGGGGGUGGAUUUGAGCCCGAUUCAACCGGUGAUGAGUCCGGAGAAUGUGGAGUGGUGGGUCGAUGAUGUCGAGGAUGAGGAGGAAAACUUCUUUGAGACAGAGGGGAAUGAUUACGACUUUGUACAUGCCAGAUACCUACUUCCCAUGAUAGUCGAUCCGGCCGGACUGAUAGGGAAAUGCUUCGAUCACCUAAAGCCAGGCGGCUGGAUCGAAACACAGGACCUCCACCCUCGCAUCAACUCUGACGACAAUUCCAUUCCCGCGAAGGAGACCUAUCCGCCCGGGCAGUUCAUGGACUUGGCAAACAUAGCUUGGGCCCAAGCAGGCACCGACUACCGCAUCACUCCCCAGAUAGGAGAGAUGAUGAAAGAGGCCGGCUUCGUCAACGUGACAUGUAGGCAGUUCAAGGUACCGCUGGGUCCAUGGCCCAGGGAUGAGUAAGGCCCCCUUUCCAACUUCAUCCCCCGAAAGUCCACAGAAAUCGGAAAAAGAAAGAUUGCAGCUGACAGAA